GUCUCGGUCUAAUCCGGUUCGGAUCGAACUGUGUUGUUAAUUUUUUUUUUUUUUUUUUUUUUAUCAUCUCGACUGUUUCGUUCGACUUCCCUUACUUUCGUCUAUCUUCUGGGAACGAUUUCGAGAAGCACGAAUAUGGCGUCAAUACGUCUCUUCACUCUUCUCUGCUUCGUCUUCUCAAUCUUCCUCACUGUUUCUGAAUCUAAAGCUCUGGAGCCUCACGCUGCAGAAUCUUUCAACGUCAGCCUCAUCCAGAAAUUGGGGAGUAGUUGCUCUUACACAGUGAUCAUCUCCACGAGCUGUUCGUCAUCGAGGUACACGCGCGACCAGAUCAGCAUCGCUUUCGGGGAUGGAUACGGAAACCAGAUAUACGCACCAAGGCUUGACGAUCCAUCUACAAAGACGUUUGAGCAAUGUUCAUCAGAUACGUUUCAGAUAAACGGACCAUGUACAUACCAAAUAUGCUAUGUGUAUCUCUACAGGUCUGGUCCAGACGGCUGGAUCCCAGAGAAUGUAAAGAUAUAUAGCCGUGGCGCCAAAGCGGUCACAUUCCCAUACAACACGCACGUCCCUGAAAGCAUCUGGUAUGGUUUCAAUUACUGCAACAGCGCCUCGGAUUCUAACGUUUUGGCCUUUGGUCUCAGAAGGGUCGUGCUCAUACUACUAGGGUUUGUUGUCGCCGGUUCAACAUUGCUCUAGCAAGCUGUAAUGGUUCUGGUUUUUCAUGUCGGCUUUGUGUGAACAUAUUAGGAGUUUAUGCAGAAUAAAUGUGUACUGUUCUUGGAGAAUUUGGGUUUAUAGAUAUCCCUCGAAAGAUUUCCCUCAGAUCUGUAAUAACUCUAAAGCUAUGAUGAAGUUACUACUGCUAAUCACAGAGUGUGUAGAUUUUAUAAACAGUUUGUAUUCAUUAGAAAUUUGUGUGGGCUCAUCAUCAUUAGAAUAUAUAUUUGUUAGAAAUGACCAAGAUAUCAAAUUGACUUUGUUUGA